AUGGCAGCAGAAUCUCUGCGUGAGACGAAAUCAGCUGAACCUUGUGAUGUACCUGAAGUUGUAUUUACUAUUCUGCAUUUUAAUGACGUUUACGAGAUAAAGGCAAGGCCUGAAGAACCAGUGGGCGGCGCAGCAAGAUUUGCCACAGCCUUGAAACAAUUCCAACACCUGAAUCCUCUGAUAGUCUUCAGUGGGGACUGUUUGAACCCUUCAUUAUUAAGCACAAUUACAAAGGGGAAGCACAUGGUGGAAAUACUAAACAAACUCGGUGUGCAUUGUGCUGUAUACGGUAAUCAUGAGUUUGACUUCGGCGUCGACCACCUGGAAGAGAUGACCUCGCAAAUGGACUUCCCAUGGCUGCUCAGCAAUGUCUACGACAGGUUCACGUCAGAGACGCUGGGCCAUGGUGUGGUCAGCAGCCUCAUCGUCUGGAAUGGCCUGAAGGUGGGCCUCAUGGGGCUGGUGGAGGAGGAGUGGCUGGACACCCUGGGGACUGUGGACAAGGUCAACCUGCACUAUGUGGAUUACGCAUCCACUGCUACCGCACUGGCCCAGGACCUGCGGGAGAAUGGCGCGGAGAUUGUCAUCGCUCUGACGCAUAUGAGGUGGCACAACGACAUCAGGCUGGCGUCCAAGUCCAGCGGCAUCGACCUCAUACUUGGGGGUCACGACCACGAGUACGGCAUCUCAGAGGUCAACGGUAUCCCGAUAGUAAAAAGCGGGUGCGAGUUCAGAUACCUGUCGAAAAUUAAUGUGAUGAGGGGCCACGACAGCACUUUUAAGUACAGUGUGGACAAAAUAGCCAUAGAGAGAGACCUGGAGGAGGACGACUCCAUACAACAGAUAGUGAAUGAAUAUAACAAUAAUGUGCAGCACAUGCUUGAUGAGGUGCUCUGUCAGACGGAAGUGGAUUUAGAUGGGCGCUGUUGUAUGGUGCGGAGAUCAGAGUGCAGCCUGGGAAAUCUCAUCACCAACGCCAUGCUUGAAGCUACACAUGCUGACGUGGCAUUGUUGAACUCAGGUACUUUGCGUUCAGAUCGUAUCCACCCAGCUGGCCUUCUGACGAUGCAUGACCUCCUGCAGAUCCUGCCCAUGCAGGACCCAGUGCUGGUGGUGGAGGCCACAGGCCAGCAGCUGUACGAAGGCCUGGAAAAUGGCGUCAGAAAUUACCCAGCCUUGGAUGGAAGAUUCCCCCAGGUUGCCGGGAUACAGUUUGGCUUUGACCCCAGCGCAGAGCCAGGACACAGGGUUGUCGAGGAGACGAUAAAGAUUCAAGGCCAAAGACUGGAAAAAGACAAAAAGUACUUGGUGGCUAUGAAGGAAUACUUAACAAAGGGUAAAGACGGCUAUGUGAUGUUUGCGGACUGCCACCGGACGUUCGACAUUGAGAACGCGCAGACGCUGUCAACCAUUGUGAUAAACCAUUUUGAAUCGGGGAAGAUCAUCCGGGGCCUGAAGCCCUGCAGGUCCGGCCACAGAAUGAGCCUCAUUAAGGUUUCGGGCAGCCCCUCGGUCUCUGCCAUAGAGAGGAACUCCAGUGAGGACGGAGAGGUCGUGAUGACAGUGCCGGGGGUCGAGGGGAGAAUAUUCCAUGUCACCUGCGACAGACAAAUGGAAGCAGAGAGCUAG